UUUUUUUUCUUGUUCUACCGCUUUCCCUGACUAAGGAGGGGGCAGCUGAAUAGAUGAAUUGCCAAAAUGGCAGCAAGGAAUGAGAAGAAGUUGGAAAAACUUAUCGAUGAAGCUACAAGGAAAAAAGAUUUCCAGUUAUUAGAGCACUUCCUUCAAACAAAGGACUGUGAGAAUCUUUCUCAUAAAUGCAGCAAACAGUUUCUCAACAAAUUAGACAAGCUUCUUUGUCGGGAGCUUGACAAGCAAGAAGUCAAAAACAUUUCAACUUUACUAAGCUCUUUUCAGAAAUGUGGGGAAAAAAUCAGCAURGCAGGCGAAGAUGGUCUCUCAGCAAUGAUGAAAUAUGGUCUUGUUGAAAGGAUGGUCAAAUGGUUUGAAAAGGUAAAAGCAAUUUUGAUCCUUAGAGGAAAUGAAAAAAGUGAAUUGCUUACAAGUUUAGCAGAAGAUUUCUUCGACAUUUUACUGGUUAUAUAUGAUACCAGUCCUGAAGGUAAAAUGCAGAUACUAGACAACUUUGUACUGAGAGCGUGUACACUCAUUGUUGAUGAAAGAAUUARUAUUUAUGUUCAGCAGGAGGUAGUAAGAAAACUAAAUUUAAUGCUGGACAACAUGCCUCGAGAUGCCAGGAAAAAGAUGCUUUCUGCAAAAGAAAUGUUGMUUGUAAUGAGCGAUAUGGGGAGAAGAAUUUUAGAUGCUGGAGACUAUGACCUGCAAGUAGCCAUUACGGAAGCUCUAUGCAGAAUGACAUCAGAAAAACAAAGAGCAGAGUUAGCAUGUCAGUGGUUUUCCAUGGAGUUUGUGUCCAAAGCAUUCAAAGGAAUUAAAGAUUCUGAGUUUGAAACAGACUGCAGAAAAUUCCUUAACCAGGUGAAUGGCAUGCUGGGGGACAACAGAAGGGUUUUUACAUAUCCAUGUUUAUCAGCAAGUCUUGAUAAAUAUGAGCUACGAAUACCUUUGGAUGAGAAUCUUGAAGAAUUUUGGAUUGAUUUUAACAUUGGUAGUAGAAGCAUAUCUUUCUAUGUGGCAGCAGAUGAUGCUGCACAACAGUGGGAAACAGUCAUUAUACCGGAAGAGGAGGUAGAACAUUACAACCUUGAAGAAAAAGAUUCAAAGAAAUUACUAACAAUCAGUCUAAAAAGCCCGAUGAGUGUGGGUGAUCAAGGAGGAGAGAAUUUUUUUUUGUAUUUUGAUUCCAUAUUGGAAAUCAAAGAUGCAACCAGAAAGAUUUAUGGAGAACAUAAAUUUAAGGGAUUUAAUAAAAAGCAGUCUGCCUCAGUUGCCAAAACAACUGUACAUGUUGUGUUUGAUGAAAGUGGAUCACAGAUUCUGGUACCAGAAAGUCAGCUGUCACCAUGUUUGGGAGAAAAAGCUGGAGUAGAAGAGAAAUCCAGCGAGUCCAAAAUCCAGCAACCUCCUGGAACUGUGAGCACUCUGAGUAAAAACAGCACUGAAGACAUACGCAAAGAYGAUACCUCCAAGAUAAACACAUCUCGUAAAAGGAAAGUCUCUGAAGCAUCAGUGAUUAUUCCUGGAACUGCAACAUUUCCUACAAGGAGCCCACUGAUUUUUGUUAGUUCCUCCACUCCCUGCAAAGCACGACUCAAAUUACCUUUGCAGUUGAUGAGCUCAGCUGAAAGAACUAAUGUUAAUGCUGUAAAUGAGACCAGAACAAGGAAUUUAUAUCAAGAAGUUACUSGAAGUAGACAGAAGAGUGCACUAGACAGUGAAUUUUGUGAAAGCCAAGGAAGUUUCACAAGGAAGUCAAAAACCCAAAAUGAGGCAAAGCUACCUGAAAAGCAAAUGUGUGCUGAAGAAGUUUUAAAAAUGUUAGAUGAGACAGAACAUGAGGCCAAUCAAAAGCCAACUUCAGAUGAUAUAUCAGAUGUUGUUCCUGAUUCUCAGCCAGUAGGAAGAUGUAACAAAUCUUUGUUGCCCAGUCUUUUGGAAAACUCUUUUGAUAAAAUUAAAACAUGGAAAAAGCGAACAUGCUCUGUUCCUGAGACUGAUAUAAUGACUUGUAACAAACAAAAGCUCAAUCUGCCAUCAGCCAGAGUGUCUGAAACAUCUUUGAAUUCUGAUUUUACAAAAUACAAGAAUGCAAAAGAAGAAGCUGUUACUUUCUUUAGAGAAGAGACUGCAAAUCAUAAGCAAUCAAAGACAAAAACAAAGUCUAAAGAAAUGAAAGAAGCAACUAAAGUACUAAUUAGUAACAUCAGUGAUAGAUAUAAACAAAAGCUUGAUGAUAAAAGCAACUCAAGACACUCAUCAGAUUAUAACAGGGAUGAUAUCUACAACUUCAACAUCAGUGGGUUUGAUGAGCCUACAAUAAAGCUUGGAGUCCAAGAAUUGCGUGUUACUGAACUGAGCGUUUGUACAAAUCCAGCCAAAAAGGGGAAUUCAUCUGCCAGUAAAAUUAGUGCUGAAAUGAAAGGAGAGAAAAAAACUAAAAACAAUCGAAACAGGAAGCAUCUCUUUAGUGACACAGAUACAGACUACAAAUAUGAUGACAGUAAGACAGAGAUUAGUUGGCUGCAAGAAUCAAAUAGAAAAUCGAAACCACAGUUAAUUGAUUACAGUAGAAGUAAAAACAUAGGGAAAUCAGUGAGCACAGAAAAAAGUAAAAUCCUUGAACCUGCAUGCCAGGUUGAUUUUUCUAAAGGAGAAAAUACAAAAAAGAAAAAGACAGUGAAAUGUAAAAAACAAAAUGACAGAACUAAUGAAAUGAUAGAACAAACCACCAGACCAAAGCGACCUCGAAAAGCUGCCUUAGCAAAAAAUUACAAGGAACCUUCGAGUUCAGAGUCAGAGAGUGAAAAAUUGUCUUCACCAUGCACCUCUAAGAGAGAGAAGUCAAGAGGAAAGGAACAUAAAAAUGGGCAAAAGGAAAAUGAGAAUCAGCAGAAGGAACUACAGAAAAUUAUAUCAGUGAAGCCAAGGAAGAAAAAAAUCUAUACACAUAAAGCAUUUAYUAAAUCAAAGAAUUCUGUAAAUCCAACAGAAAUUGAAAUGCCUUCAUCUGAAAGUCCUGCAUCACUUGAGGCAGUGAGAUGUGUUGAAGGACUGUCAGAGGGUGAUUUUACUCAAGAGCCAGUAUCUAGUGAAAGAUCACCUGGGCUUCAGGAGUCCACACCAGAAAAAAUGGAAUCUUUGAACUUUGUGGAAGGAAUCUCUCCAAGCAAUCUCUGUCCACAAACAAAGAAUACUCAAGCUACACAUCUAAAUCAGUCCCCUAGGGCUAUUGGUCAGAAUUUAACCUUUAGAAACAAAAGUUUCUCGUCUGUUUUAAAUGCAGCAUCUUUGCUCAGCUUAACUCCCAUAACCACAUACAAAGGUCUCACUGGAAAGCAUGCAGAGGGAUCAGUAUCUGAAACAUGUGAGGCUAAUGAAGAUUCAAGUCUUAAGCUGUGCUCUUCCGAGAAGCGUCCUCUUGAAAAAAAAGUACAAGAUAUCACUAAACCUAUCAAAAGUAAAGAAGAUUCUUUGCCACCAUCUCCAUUAUCUAUUUCCAGUGGAAGUAAAGUACAGUCCUGGUGUGAAGAACCUUGUGGCCCCAUACAUGAGUCUGGGCCAAGUGUGCAAAUGUUUCUCAAACGAAGGUACCACAGUGAUACAGAAAGCAAUUCUGAUGAAGUAGAAACAAAAAAGCAAGAGGAAAAGAAAGGAAACAAAACAAUAAAGAUGCAGCCUAGAAAAUUAUUUAAACCAAAUGAUGAUACUGCUUACAGAGUAUCCGAAAGCAUAUCUACUCUAUCUGUAAAUGAUCUGCCUCUUUUGGAUGGAGAGAAUUGGGGACCUGAUUGUUCAACUAUCAGUAUAUGUCAGAAGCUUCGAGCAGAAUUUACUAGGAAAAUCCAGAGCCGAUCAAGGAAAAUGGAUUAUUUCACUAAGCAGUCAUUAAGAGCUGCCCACCAGCAUUUGGCAACAAUGAGUUUUCAGCUUCAUGAAUGCAGGAUCAGGCAGCUGGACAAGUUCCAUUUUGCUAUCACUGAGGAGCUUGAGAAUUUUGAGAAAGAUUCUCUGUCUUUGAAAAAUAUGGAAAAAGAAUUCUCGAACUUUUGGAAAAAACACGCACAUACUUUUAUUACAUACAUGAAAAAUGAGCAGCAGAGGAUUCAGAUUCUUAAAACUUCAUUUGAAAAAAACAUCUACCACUCUCUUGAUUAUGAGGAACAUAUUUUUACUUCUGAGAUGCAUCUGAUGAAAGAAGAUAUGAAAGGACUUCAAGAGAAACUUCUUAAAGAAAUGCAAGAAGAGGAGCUCUUUAAUGUUCGCAGAGGACUGCAAUCACUAUUUCUAUCAGAAGACAGAAAAUUCUAGUGUAAUGAUUUCAGAUACUUUCCCAAAGUUCAAGGAGAAUAUAAACCCACUUUUUUAAAAAAAUGUAAAAUAUAAUUAGGGUUUUCGGGGGAUGGGGAAGAGGGUUGGUUUUGUUUUGUUUUGCUUUGUUUUGAAUUUUACAAUCAAAGCAAAGUAUUGUAAUGGAAUAGUUCGCUCUAAUGCGAUUAAAGUCUUUUGUAGAUAAGAUUUCUUCUCUGUUAGGUUUGGGAUUAUUUUACUGACUGCUAAAAUAUGCAGAUUUUUGGAUUUUUAGCAAAGUGCUAUUUUUGAAUGGAUCUCUAUUUAACUAAUUUACAGCUAAAAAUGGUCUCUUGCAAUCCAUGUUUUGGGUCUGCAUAUACAGAAUAUUUAUUUUAUCUGAUCCAGAGUAUUGUCAUAAAAGUCCGAGAGCUCCACCCUACUUGUCUGUGAUAUUAGACUUUAGUAAGAGUUUCUAAUAGAAAACAAAAUUGUAAAGGAGGUGUUGUUGAACUCUGUUGCAAGUAUUUGUAUUAAACGUU